CAACACCCACACACCCACACAACCACAACCACCAUAUACCAUCCACCAUCUUGCACCUCGUCACUCUAGCGCAUCGCACAUUGCAACCUACACAACACACUCAACAGUGACGCGCCAGACUCGAUAACAAUGCCACCGGCGGAUGCCGCUGGCGCAAAGAUCCCAUGCCCGUCCCCACACAGCCUACAGCUCGAGCUCGACUCGCUCGCAGCCGUCCUCGAGCCGCAGGAGCGCGAGGACACGUGGGAGAAGUUUGAGAAGGCCAUCAUCCGCUUCGCUGCCGUCACGAGGGGCGGCGGGUACAAGCAUCUCGAUGCCUAUGUCCGCGGCGUGGGGAACAAAGGUGUCGGUCUGCGGCUGGUCGAUUGUAUGCUCUCUGACCGUGGACGCCUGUCAGGAGUGACCACCGACCUGUUGCAGACGUUCGCGCCGCGGCUGGCAGGCCACUUUGCUCCCCUCGUCCACCUCUACCUUCCCCCGCUCAUUCGUCUCCUCGCGCGUCCAAACAAGGUCUACCUCAAGCGCGCGGAGAAGUGCCUCUUAACCAUAAUCUCCCAUUGCCCCCUGCCCACCAUCCUGAUCCACCUCCGCGGCGGGCUCGACGACAAGAGCGACAUGUGCCGCCGUGCGUCGAGCGUCGCGGUUGAGCGCUCGGUCGAGCUCUGGGACCGCGCACGAUGGCACGACAAGGACCUCGAAGUCCUCGAGCUGUGCGUGCGCAAGAUGGCGACGGACCGAGAUGCCGAGGUCCGCAAGACGGCCAAGAGGGUCUGGGCGCUGUUCUCAGAGGACUUUCCAGAACGUGUUGAAGACUUUACAACGCCCCUCACUCCCACUAUCAGGAGGUAUCUUGAUAUCCCGCAGGCGGACGGUACAGGGAAGCCGAGGUCACGCCCUCCACCACGCCCCGUGUUCACUGCGCCAGCCCCGGCUAGAUCUCAGUCAGCUUCGAGCUCACAAGCGGGACCGUCCACUGCCCGUGUAUACGAUUCGCCCGACAAGUAUGGCCCAGUAUUUGGAAGCAAGGCCCAACGAACACUGCCUCGCACGGACGCCCCUGCAUCCGCAGCCGAUCCCGUUCGCAGGAUGGCGGCACCCACGCGGUCCGUAGAGCAGCCAUUACCGGGGCGGGUAACGCGAUCGGCAUCGUCCAUGUCGCAGCACUCUGCGUCAAGUGCUACGUCCAUCGACGGCGGGAGGAAUCCUCUGUCGAGACCUAGCCGGCCGCCCCAGUCCCAAGCGGGUUCGACACACCCUUCCGUCGUGGCGGCCGACAACUCCUUGCCUGCUCGGCGAUUCCCUCCCCCUGCACGGAUUGUCCGGCAAGCGUCAGAGGAGGAUGCGACGGCCGGUCCUGGGUACGCUCGCACGGCACCUGUGCUCACAAACUCUAGGCCGCAGCGCCAGCUUGGCGCUGCUCACCGCCGACUCGCUACUGGUCCGUCAAGAAUGGACAGUAACGAGAGUCUGAAGAGUGCUUCGAGUGGCGGAGCAGGAACAUCGUCGACGCCUUCCACCGACCCUUCGCCACAAAGCAUUGUGAAGCACAGAGUCACCGACUUUGAGCGUCUCGCCGAGGAGCAUGCGGCGGCGGGUGCAGCGGCGAGUCCUGCACGCUCGUCGCCGCGAGCAGAGCUCCAGCCUCUGCCACCUCGAGCCAGAUCGGUUUCACCCGCGUUCGCGAGAGAACCUCCGCCGCCAUCGACUCGUGCCACACCGGCCACCAAGGUCAGACAAGUCCGCGGCAUGUCCGUCGACUCGCCAUCGCUCUCCAUGCUCGUCGGCAGGAGAUCACCAAGCGAUGGCUACAAACACGACCUGCAGCUGUUAGAUAUCUCCAUGGUGUCCAACGAGGGCAGCGGAGCAGGCGACACCCCGAUCGCCAACCGUGGGGGUCGGCUCUCUCAGUCCCUCCGCGAGCGCACGUCGCUGCCUGGCGUCGCGCAGCUCAUCGAAAAGUUCACCCCCAAGCCAGCGCACGCUUCCGUGCCUCUCCGUCGAGUUGCAUCAGAGUCGGCGCAGAUGCUCAGCUCUCCCUCACCAGCUGCAGCUUCCAGUUCGUCGACGCCAGACUCAAGACGUAUCUCUCCGCUCCCCCGACGCAGCCCUCUCGCCCAGGUCCAGCAGCUCGAGGAUGAGCCAUCCCCGCGCUCCCUCAAGCGCAAGGGUUCCGACCUCGAAGCGACCUUUGCCUCACGACAGGAGGUGCAAGCCGAGGCAACGCCAGUUCCGGCCAAGACCGCCCCUCGCUGGAGCAUGUCGCCGCUCAUUGCUUUCGGCGACUCUCCGUUCGCAGCCCCCGAGCCCCCCGCAAUGUUCACCUUCUCGUCGAGGCCCUUCGGUCGCCCUUCGCUGUUCAAUGAUCUAAUGAGCCUCAGCAACGGCACCGCUGAGACCCCCGAGCCCCAGCAGGAGACGCUGGAGGAGGAGGAGGAGGAGGAAACCGAGCACGAUGCGGCAAACGAGGCCGUCCUGCUCGAGGACCUCGCAGACCUCACCGUUCAUGGCCCCGCAGCAGCAACUCCGCAUGCCAAUGGCGUCGCCGACCUCCUUGAUGAGGAAGAGGAGGAUAUCGAGGCUACCGUCAUUCUCGCUGGACCUCCUGCUCAGGAGCCUGCCCAUGCCCCUCAGGCAAUCGACCCGCCCGUCGCCCGGGAGGAGCCGUCCGAGGAGGUGGUAGCCGCUGAAGCCGAGAGCUCUUUGGACCACACAGUCCACCGAGCGGUUGCUGACGAUAGCGUUAUCGUCGGUGCCGUUUCGUCGGCCACUGUCGUCGAGGAGGCGGAGGAGGCCGCCGUGGAGCCGCCCAAGCUUGCCACAUCCCUCAAGCCAACGCAGGAUGCGCCUGUUCCACCAGCAGCAGUCGAGCUGCCAGAGGAGCCCACCCCUGCCAAGGCCGCUCCGGAGCCCUCGCCUUCGAAGGAAAUUCCUCCCGCCUCAACCACGCCUGUCUCCAAACCUGUGGAAUCCCGUCGCGUCUCCCAGCGUUUGCAGACCAUGGCCAACCCUGUGUCGGUCGAGACAUCUGCCCAGGCCCCCACCGUCGUGGAGGAGACACCUGCUAGGCCUACUGCGGUUUCAGAGAGCGUGGAGGCAGUCGAGGAAACUCCUGCCGAGCCUCCUCGCGCUCCAUCUCGCCGAGCAGCAGCACUUCGGACCGCUCGUGCUACGCCCGUGGAGAAGCGUUCAUUCCGCCCGAUCUCAAAGCUUGGAUCGAUUGACAGCGGCAAGGCCGCUCCUGCUCCAGCUCGGGUGGUGUCAGCCAAGGCGGCCUCCUUGUCCUCUUCUCUUCAGGAAAGCGAGCCGGCCCCGGCUCUGGAGGCCCAACCCGCUCCUGCGGCGAAGAAGGCCAGCAAGCCGCCGGUCCCAUUGGCUACGGCGUCCAAGCCAGCUCCGCCCAUUGUGACCAGCAACAGAGUUGUCUCGGCAGAGAUGCAGCGCCCUCCUCGACCUCCGUCAUCUGCAUCCAACCUCACCAAGCCGACGGCUGCAACUGCGGCUCGUGCGGCCGCAUCAGCGGCAUCGAAGCCCACGGCUGACAAGGAGCUCAAGCGUGCCCCGUCGCGGGCCCAACUCGUUCCGGCGCCUGUUCCUUCUGCGCCAACCCGCCCGGUGUCGCGCGCUGCCGGCGCGGCGUUUGGCUCGACGGCUGCAUCCCGCGCUCGCGCUGCCGAGCUUCCGCCGCUUAAGCGGCAGCGCGUCAAGCUCAAGGCACCAAUGGAGAGCUUCCGGCCAAGGAGUGGUGGCGCUGGCGGGGCAAAGGCCGCGAUUGUGGGCAACGCUGAGCCUCGUCAGGCUCCGCUGCGUGCUAGAAAUCGUGCGACGGGGGCUGCUCGUUCGGCCAAGAUGACCGAGACAUUCCCUCUCCCCGGUCCAGGAUUAGAGAUCAAGACAACAGAGCCGUCAUCGGGUAGCCUGACCCCAGCACCCGCUGUCCAGCCCCAGGGCGUUGAGGCGCAGCCCGCUACCGCUGUGGCGGAGACGACAAAGCCACCUGAACCGAGUGGCAGUCUCGCCAUCCCUGGCGCCGCUCCGCCGCAGGCUUCGAGCAAUGAUCAGCUUUCGCGCACGCCUACGUCAAACUCGCCCUUGCUGGUCGCUGGCCACAUUUCGCCCGCGUCGUCUCGGUACAGUGGCAAGUCAGACCGCUCGUCUGGCUCCAAGCCAUCGCCUGUGAUCAUCCCUGCGCCUCGAGCCCUCGACCCUGUGCUCACGCCGCUGAACGAGCUGUCGUCGACUCCCGUUGCGACGCAGACCCCAGUUCGCCGAGGCAAGGCGGCCGAGUCGCCGGCAUUGGCGCACUCGCGGCGCAUCUCCCAGGCUAUCCCUGCUAGCUUGUUACGCCCAUCGCCCGAGGUCUCCUCCACGCCGAGCGCCGCGUCAAGGAUGACCUCUGCCUUGGCGCAGAUCGACAGCUCCGAGGACGACGACGAGGAUGAGGCGGAGGUGCCGACUCCUGUGGCGACGUUCAAGCCACGCCAUGCGCGGAGGACAACUCGCCCGCAGAUUCCCUCGGCGAGCUCAUUCUCGCCGCCUCUGCCGGUGCUGGCGAUCCGAGAGGACACACCGGAUGUCAAGCCGGAUGUGGUUUCCGACGCCGACAUCCUGGGCACGGUGGUGCGGCACGACGUAUCGACCCCGCCUGCGAAGGCCGCUGCGUCUCUGCUCGCCAAGCUGAGCGGAGGUGCUGGAGCCACCCCAGACGACCGCAAGGUGUUAACCCCGAGAGACGCCAACUUGGCGCGCCGGGGGCUUGUCGGCGAAGAGGAGGAGUGAUGGGUUGAGGCGCGCUCUUGAGCAAUUUGCAUUUAGACAUGUGAUGUACCAUAGAUAUAAUGCAUCAUGAUUGGGUAG